CUUCUUGAGCAAUUUGAGCUACAGUAGCUCGUCUUUUGGAUCAGACUACACAGACCAGCCCUCGCUCCCCACAUGCAUAAAUGAGCCAUGACCCUGUCGCCGAUUCACCACUGUUCCCUCCUUGGACCACUUUUGAUAGAUACUGACCACUGCAGACCAGGAACACCCCAAAAGAACUGAAGUUUUGGAGAUGCUCUGACCCAGUCGUCUAGCCAUCACAAUUUGGCUGUUGUCAAACUCCCUCAAAUCCUUAGGCUUGCAAAUUUUUCCUGCUCCAAAAACAUCUACUUUGAGGACAAAAUGGUCACUUGCUGCCUAAUAUAUCCCACCCAGUAACAGGUGCCGUGAUGAAGAGAUAAUCAGUGUUAUUCGCUUCACAUGUCAGUGGUCAUAAUGUUAUGCAUGAUCCUAUAUAUAUGACAUUAUAUAAGAAAGGAAGUGACGUGGGUGGAUGCCAGACCUCGUGUCUCUGGAGUGACUGAGCAGUACAGACCACUUAGGUGGCUGCAGCUUAUUACCUUUCAGUAAUUGAGGCCUUGGAAAGGGGGUGGAGAAAACCAAGAACAGAGAAAUGCACAUCACAACCUUAAGUACUUCAUGUGGAACAUCUAAGGGCAACACAUGAAAUUACACAAUGAUUCUGCAAUAUAAAAAUGUUCACUGGUAGCCGUGCUAUGAGUUAACAGCAAUGAUAAAACCUGAAAAUCGGAUGCUUUUUUUUUUUUUACAAUCCAUUUCAUAUCAUUACAAAUAUUAUAAUACAUAUUUUAUAUAAGGGAAUGGAUUACACAAGCUGAUUUCAUGUUAUAAUCCUGAUUAUACAGGAACACAAAUAUUAGCAAUACGAGAUGGAAACCUGGAGUCCACCAAUUUCAGUAAAACAGUGAAUGUGUGUUGAACAUUAUACUCAGCUCAGUUCAAUUUCAUUAUAUAAGUCAUGUUGAUUAUGUGUUCUGUUGUAUCAUUUUGUCUGUUUAAAUGAUUUGGGGACACCCAUUUGGGGAAGUUAUUUAGAAGGACAGAUGUGAGUGAGAACACUACAGGGGAAUGAAACUGAAAAACAAUCUCAUAGAGUUAUGUCUGCAUCAUAAAGCAGUUUUAAUUAGUAUCACAGAUUUGAUCUGUAAUAACCAAAAAUGAUAGUCAUGAUAAUUAUAGUUGUAGUCGUCAUCAUCAUCACCCUCAACAUUAUUUUUUUUUUUCAUCCUUGAACAAUCCAAUUAAGCUUGACUCAUGAAAAUUACAGGAACAUCUCAUUAAGAAAUCCUGCGUAAAUUUGUCUAAACAUAUAGCCACUCCUAACACUUUAUAAUAACUUUCAUUAAGUAAUUGAAAACAUAGGCUGUUAGAUUAAAUGUUAAACAUUUACAGAUCAAGUGCAUUCAUAAAUGGAAAAUAUAAUGGAGACCUGGGCUAGUUGCACAGGGAAGUUGUCACAACAGCUCUCUAUAAAGUCAAAAAGUCAAAUUACACAAAUGCCUGUUUUCUUUGUUUUCGAAGAUCAAACUUUUUCAUAAAUGUAAUUUGGGGUAAGUUGUCACAUUUUAUUGGGCAAGUUAUCACGUUUUUAAAUGUUACACAUUUUACAUUUGUGUAACCUUUCUUGUUUCAUAUCUAAAUUCCAAUGUGUGUUUAAUUAACUGUUUUGUUUAUUUAUUUUUUUUAAUUAUUAUUAUUUUUCAGGUAAAUAAUGGAAGGAAUGUUCUACCAUUUGGUUGCCAAGACUACUGUAUAUGUAUCUAUAGAUAUUGAUUUUCAGAAAUAAAUCCACAGUAACACAAAUAUUCACAGUAAAAGUGCAACAAUAGCCUCAUGUUUCCCUAUAAACCAAAGUUUGACUGAAUAUCUAUUUAAUUAUAUAAUUAGCAUUAUUUAAAGUAAUAAUGUUUUUUUAUGUUAUUAUUAAAUCAUAUUAUAGAGUGUUACCCCAUAACCUCCCCUUCAUUUCCAUGUAAAUGUGUAGAAUAAAAGUAUCCUGUCAUCGCCACUGCCCACGCGCAGAGCUAGAUUGCCCGCUGCAGGCAGAGCGCGGGAAGACAGGGCGCAGGAAGCGCGCGGAGCUUCACACAAGAGGACGCUACGGAAGAAUUUACCUCAGCUGCCUUCACUGCAGAUGAAGUCAAACUAAAUGUAUACAGAGGAAAAAAAAGAUCUAUUGCUUAGUUUUCUUUUGUCAUUUUGCUUUGUUACGCAUAGGAACCCAGGACACUUAUUCCAACGAAUGAAGUAACAUUUUCCAAGGAAAGAAACGGAACUGAAAAAAGCCUCAGAAGAGUUCACCGAUGAAGCUUGGUGUUAAAUAAUCGGUGGCUUUUAUCUCAAAACACUAAUCGGUGAUGAGAUCGCCCUUAAACAUAACGUUACAUCGCUGACGAAGAAAAAGAGAGAGAGAGUGCGAGAGAGAGAACACACUGAUGCGCGCGCGCUCCCGGUGCGGCACUCAGCGCGCUCAACAGCUCGUGCCUCCUCCAUCCCAACCCUCUCCGCCAACGCCGUCUCUCCAAUCUCUGCCCUCUCCCUCCCUGUUCGCUUUUCUUAAAGCUCAUUUCCGUGACGAUCCGAAGCUUUUCUCCGACACGAUGAGAGACGCGAGCAGCGCAGCAGUGGGACAAACCGAACCGAGCCGCUUCAAACGGAACUGAGCUCCAGAACUGAACGAACCGGCAUCACAAAACAAAACAAAAAAGGAGAUUUCAUUCAAAUCACGUCUUCAUCUUCUCUCUUCUUGGUCUUGGAGAGAGAGAGAGACCGAAAGAGAGCGAGAGAGAUAAGGGAAAAGCACAGGAAAUCUUUAAAGUCGCCGUUUUCGGAUGCUCCGUUAAAAAAGCCAACCAUCGGAGGCAACCUGGGACCACCCGUCUCCAAACCCUGGAGAUGUAAAGUUGGACACCGCUAAAACUGAUGCUGUGAAGUGGCUCUCAGCCUUAACUUCAUCAGGACUCGGUGGAAGGAUGCUGUGGUUUACCCUGCUAAGCACAAUAGCUUUAGGAUGGACUACGCCGAUCCCUCUGUUGGACGAGUCGGAAGAAAUAGAUGAGCCUUGCUUUGACCCUUGCUACUGUGAAGUCAGGGAGGGUAUUUUCCACGUCCACUGCGACAGCAAAGGAUUUACAAAUGUCAGCCAGAUCUCCCAGACGUGGACAAGACCCUUUAAACUCAAUCUGCAGAGGAACUCCAUGCGCAAGCUGUAUUUUAACAGCUUUUUGCAUCUCAACAAUGCUGUGUCACUUAAUCUGGGGAAUAAUGCACUGCAGGACAUACAUGUGGGUGCGUUCAAUGGCCUGAGCAUCUUGAAAAAGCUAUUUUUGCAUGAAAACAAACUGGAGGUGUUCAGGAAUGACACUUUUAUGGGGCUGGAGAGCCUUGAGUAUCUUCAGGCGGAUUACAACGUCAUCAAGAGAAUAGAGAGCGGGGCAUUUCGGAACCUGCACAAACUCAGAGUACUUAUUUUGAAUGACAAUUUGAUACCCGUGCUACCCAAUUUAUUAUUCAGGUCCGUAUCGCUCACGCACCUUGACUUACGUGGCAACCGCUUAAAAAUUCUACCCUAUAAAGGGACGUUGGAAUACAUCGGUCGCAGCUUGAUGGAGAUUCAGCUAGAGGAAAAUCCAUGGAACUGUGUGUGUGACAUUGUGCAGCUCAAAACCUGGCUGGAGCGCAUACCCUAUACAGCUUUGGUCGGCGACAUUACGUGUGAAUACCCUUUUCAUUUACAUGGUAAGGACCUUCGUGAGAUCAAGAGAAGUGAACUUUGUCCUUUACUUUCCGAAGCCGAGCUGGAGGCCAAACAUGGCAUUCCCAGAUUACCAUUUAAUAACGAAAAUGUCUGGCCCACCAAGCCUUCGUCUAUGUUGUCAUCCUUUCAUAACACAGCCUCCUCAGUAGAGUACAGAGAGAGACAGGUAAAGCCGACUAAACGGUCCAGACCAACAAAAACACCACCCACUCCUCGUAGCAUUUACCCAGGGGUGAAUCAGCCUCCAGUCGCUGCCUACCAGACCAGACCCCCUAUACCAAUCAUUUGCCCGACAGGGUGCAUGUGCAAUUUACACAUCAAUGACUUGGGCCUCACCGUCAAUUGUAAAGAAAAAGGCUUCCACAACAUUUCUGAGCUGCUGCCACGACCACUCAAUGCCAAGAAACUCUAUUUAAGUGGGAAUUUGAUUCAGAAAAUUUACAGGUCGGACUUUUGGAACUUCUCUAGUUUGGAUCUAUUGCACUUGGGUAAUAAUCGGAUAUCAUAUGUUCAAGAAGGCGCCUUUAUGAACCUACCUAAUUUAAAAAGUUUAUAUUUGAAUGGCAACGACAUUGAAAGGCUCACUCCAGGCAUGUUUCGUGGUCUGCAGGCACUUAGUUAUCUGUACUUUGAGUACAAUGUCAUUCGAGAGAUCCAACCGGCUGCCUUCAGCCUCAUGCCAAACCUGCAGUUGGUUUUUCUCAAUGACAACCUGCUACGCACCUUGCCUGUGGAUGCUUUUGCUGGCACUUCCCUGGCUAGACUCAACCUGCGCAACAACUACUUUCUGUACCUUCCUGUGAACGGAGUACUGGAGCAUCUUCACUCCAUCGUUCAAAUCGACCUUCACCAGAAUCCCUGGGACUGCUCUUGUGACAUCAUUCCACUCAAACAAUGGAUAGAGAAGCUCAGCUCCGUCAUUGUCGUUGGGGAAGUGACCUGCAAGACCCCAGACUUCGCCCUUGGCAAAGAUCUGCGCACCCUGGAGGCUGAGGUCAUCUGCCCCGAGUUGAAAUUCACCGCUUCUUCUCCAGUCCUACCCAAUGACAUGACGGCCACCAGUGGCUCUGAAUUAGGACAAGCGCCGGCAACGGGAGCUGUCCCACUCUCUGUGCUAAUUCUCAGCCUGCUGAUUCUCUUCAUCUCCUCUGUUUUUGUGGCCGCCGGUCUCUUCGCAUUUGUCCUACGGAGGCGAAAGAAACUUCCCUUCAGGAAGCGACAGGAGGUGGAUCUUACGGGGAUUCAAAUGCAGUGCAAGAUCUUUGAAGAAAGACAGACUGCCUCACCUGAGAAGCCACCCGGUCACGUCUACGACUAUAUCCCCCAUCCCGUUACUCAAAUGUGUAACAAUCCCAUUUACAAACCACGAGAAGGAGAGAUUGAGGGCGAGCAGUUUGCAGAAACCAAGGAAAAUAACAGUAAUUAUCGAACUCUUCUGGAGAAAGAGAAGGAAUGGACGAUGGCUGUGUCCAAUUCCCAGCUCAACACCAUUGUCACCAUCAAUCAGUCCGGUGACAUGGCAGGCUUUCAUGAGAACGGAGUGCUUUGCCCUACCGUGAUUGACAGCCAGAGGCCGACCCCUACGGUUGGUUUUGUAGACUGCCUGUACGGCACUGUUCCCAAAUUAAAGGACAUGCAUGUUGCACAUGCACAUCCCCCCGGAAUGCAAUACCCCGAUUUACAGCAAGACGCCAGAUUAAAAGAAACAUUACUUUUCACUGCGGGGAAAGGAUUCCCUGAGCAAACACAAAGUGAAUACCUCGAGUUAAGGGCGAAACUCCAAACCAAGCCGGAUUACCUCGAAGUCUUAGAGAAAUCAUACAGAUUCUAAUUGAAUUGAAAAAAAGAGUAAACUCACUUUCACAACCCCUCCCCCUCCACGCCCAAAAAGAAUACGUAUCAAAAAAGAAGCAUGGCAAGAUUAUAUAUUUCACACACGUACACGUACACACUCAGACACACAUUUCCCCCAAGUCGCUUUUGGAGGAAAGGCCAUACUCAGAUUUUUCAAUGAAGUGCCUUUUUUUCAGAGUAGCCAGCAAUGUUACCACCCAUUAUUUUUGUACGGAACAGAUUUGUUGAACCUCCGGAGCGCCUGGCACAGUUUGUAGAAUAUUUGCAGUUUGCUGCAUGCGUUCGACUGCAGAUGGAGGUUAUUGAUCAAAAACUUCACCUGCUAUAGAGAUACAGCGACGUAUUACCCGUUGAGUGGUCUAUUUAAUUUUCUAUACAGCAAAAGACAGAGUUCUAUCUCAAGGACGCACCCGAGGAUCAAUAUUUGUGAAUAUAUAAUGACACUUCAAGAUUUUAUGGAGUUCAACGCACUUUCUUAAGAAAAAUGCUUCUGGAUACUAUCACUAACAGCUUUUUAGGAAGCACUUUUAAUGUUUUCUCUCUCACAAAGAUUUGACAAAGUUAAAAAAUGUGCAUAUAUUUAUUCUGUAAUUUCAGUGAAAGAUUUAAUUGUAAAGGUAAUGUUAAAUCAAUGUAUAGUGAUUAUGCGUCUGGUAUAGCCUUCUUAAUAAAAAUACAAAGUCUUAAAUCAAA